CUCCAGGAACGGAGCGAAGCGAAACGGGACAUUACUACCGAAAGCGCACGUACGGGUGUCAUUCCAUGCACCAUACACUCACCUCCCCUUCUUUAACGUCUAUCAAAACACAUCUUGCGGACCCUCUCUCCGUCACAUCCACGGCUUUAUGGCCGCUACGCUUCUUACGAUGAGCGCUGCGCUCGCACCGGGACAAGAUGACUUUCUCUCGCUUCUCAAACCCUCACUGUCCGACGGCUUUCAGGAGGACUCCUCUCUGUUUUCGUUUGAAACCAAGAAUCCCGACACGGAAAGGAGCUUACCAAACGACUAUUCUCAGGCUAAACUAGAGAUGGAUAAAUAUCUAUCUCCACAACCUGUGGCUCUCCCCGACCCAAAGAAGUUAAGACGAGAGAGCGUCUCCUCAAUGGACCAGUUUUUUGGGGACGAGCACGGUUCUCCUUACAGCAUCAACAUGAAUGUCUUCCUCCCCGACAUUGCUUAUCUAAGAACGGGGAUGUGCCGGCCGGCACGGCCUUCGGUCCCCAGCCAGAUCAAAACUGAACCUGUGACAGCGCCUUUCUCGCAUCCCGAGUGUCCGGUGAGCUCGACAGGCCCCGUUUCAUCCGCACUCCCCGAUUUCACCAGCAUCUUUAACUCGAGUUCCACUUCGGGUUCUGAAAUCAACGCCAUGGAUGAUAACUCCGGGGUGUUUGUCAAGCAGGAGAUGCAAGGCUUUGACAUCCCGCAAGAUGGGCCGCUCUUCCAGCUCCUCAACUCCGAGCUGGACGUCCCCCAUCAAGCCAAUUCGCACUCCCACACUCACGCUCACUCUGUGCCCUCGCAGAUGCAUACUUUCCACGACCUGCACUUGGCGACCCAACAGACUGCUGCCAAGCCGUACUGUGGCAUGUCGGCCACCGGCUACCCUCUCGGCCCGGGUCAUUUCGUGCAUCCUCAGGGUCAGGCCCACUCGCAGCUCAAAAUGCCCUAUCUUCCCCCCUCGCCUCCCACUUCAGAACCUGGCAGUCCUGACAGACAGAAGGAACUGCUUCACAAUCUGACACCACCGCCAUCUUACGCCGCAACUAUCGCCUCCAAAAUGGCUGUCCACGCGCCCAGUCACCCAACACCCGCCUCGACACGAGCUCCCGCCACCCCAGGGUCAAUGCCUGUCCGUUACAACCGAAGAACAAACCCAGACCUCGAGAAAAGACGGAUACACCACUGUGAUUUUCCAGGUUGUAAGAAAGUUUACACCAAGUCGUCCCACCUGAAAGCUCACUUGAGGACACACACUGGUGAGAAGCCGUAUAGGUGCACGUGGGAGGGCUGCGAUUGGCGGUUCGCUCGUUCCGAUGAACUGACGCGUCACUUCAGGAAGCACACGGGAGCCAAACCCUUCCAGUGCGCCGUGUGCAGCCGCAGCUUUUCGCGCUCCGAUCAUCUCGCCCUGCAUAUGAAGAGGCACCAGAAUUAAACACACUAACUGAAAAAAAAGACAGAUACUUCUUCUUCUUAUUAUAAUUAUGCACUUGAAGUGAUAACAGCGACGAACCUUAUGAUGUUUAGGGUAAUCUUCUUUCUCUGACCUGUUGAGAGCGUUGAGCUGUCAACUGUAAACUGAAAAAAACUUUUGAUAUUACCACAAAAUCCAAUUUCUUAUUGUACCUUUUUCCUCUCUCUUUAGGAUGUAUAGAUCAAAUUUCUGUUAGGACCCUCAUCUCAUUUUGACAUAAGCUGUGUACAUGAGACUCGCUCUCAUCCUUUAAUUGGAAGAUUGUUUUUAAACAUGAGUGAACUGUAGACUACACAGGACUCUGCAAAGCACUAAGACACAACUCCCAUUUUACUUUGCACUUGAAUUCGACUGGAAAAGAUGACUAGCUAUGUAUGAUAAAUGCUUUUAAUAUAUAUCACUGGAAUAGUUACUGCUCAUAGCGGGGUUUCAGGUACACAAGCUAUACUGCGAUUCCCUCUUUUUAGUUGCUGAAGUAUUUAUAGCUUUGGAUGAUAAUGUGCUGCUACUGAACAGCAAUUAUUUCAUGAAUUAUUAAACAACGGUAUAGAAAAGCAAUGAGAAGUGGAAAAGGGCUUUAGACAGCUGUGUGAUUUGUACAGUCUCCUUUCUACACACAGAAGCAUGCAGAGCGUUUGUUUUCCUACUGUCAUUGAUGCAUAAACUCAUAUGAAUGUACGAGACCACAGUGACUGUUCUUUUGAACACAUUUCAUCUUAAAGUGCCUUUUCAUCUUUGUUUUUAUCAGCAGCACAGGCUUAACUUCUUGUUCAUAAAAAACAGACAGUAAAAAUUCAGCAGGUUACCAUUAUUUCACUAUUACCGCAAUUCGGCUGCCUUUCAUACAUUUAAGAGAGGGUUAAAGCAUCAACUGGUUCUUGUAAAAUCGAUGUAUUUAUUGCAUUGGCUUUGUGAAGUGGAAUUUGACAAGUUUUGUGUAAUUGAAAUGCCUUAAUGUAAAUACUAUGACAUUUUAUUGUACAUAUUAUUUUGAUUGUUGCUCUGUUCUUUUUUGUUUUCUCUUCCUUUUUUUCAGAAAAGGAUCAUAUUGUUCUGGAUUUUGGCUGUGUGACUAUUUUUGUUGUUUUUGGAUUUUUUUUUUUUAUAUUUCACUUAUUUUGUAGAUUCCCAGAUUAUAUUUCUAAAUUGGUUGUCCUCUUGACAAAAUGUUUUUUGCCUACUGAUUGAAAUGAAACCUAAUAAAAUCAACUUU